AAACAAGAAAUCUGAUGUAUACAGCAUCGGAGUUUUGAUGUGGCAAAUUUCAAGUGGCCGUCAACCAUUUUCUGAUUAUGAUUAUGACGUAAGUUUGUCCUUGUCCAUAGUAAAUGGAAAACGAGAAAAAACUAUUGAUAAUACUCCUAUAGAAUAUAGUAAUUUAUAUACAGAAUGUUGGAAAGAUGAUCCGGAUGAACGUCCAAAUAUACAGAAUGUCGUUUCUAUCCUUUAUGAAAUAAUAUUUCCCAAACAAGAAGGUAUAAUUAAUACUGUUAAUGUUAAUAAAGAAAAAGAAAAUAAUCAACUGGAAAAAUGUGAAACGACUUCUAAAUCAAUCGAAACCGUGGAUUUAAAUAAUGAAUUGAUAUCAUAUACUGGAUUAAAUAUAAGUUGUGAAAAUAAUUUAUCAAGUACAUCAAUUCAAACAAAUAUGUCAAAAAUUUCAUAUGGGUCAACAUUUGAUAAGACUAAUAAUAUAAUUGUUCAAAAGUUAAUUAAGGUUAUAAAUAGGAAACAUGAUAAGGAAAGUAUUAAUUUUCAAGAUUUUCAACGAUUUAUCAAUCAGCAAAUAUUAGAAUUGAAUCAAAGUUCAGAUAAUCUCGUUAAAUGGCUAACUAAACAAGUAAAUCCACAAUAUAUUUAUUUACUUGGACUACUUUAUUAUUAUAAUAUUGGUACAGAGGAAAAUAGUACAAAAGCAUUCAAAUUAUUCUUAAAAGCAUCUGAAGACAAUUAUUUGACUGCACAAGUUUAUCUUGGAAAAUGUUAUUAUCAUGGAUUUGGAAUUGAGAGUAAUAAAAACUUGACAUUUAAUUGGUAUCAAAAAUCUGCAAAGAAUGACAGUAUUAUUGGACAAUUCUAUUUAGGAAAUUGUUAUGAAUUUGGCAUUGGAACUGCAAAAGAUAUUAUAAAAUCAGUACAUUGGUAUAAAAAAGCAGCUAAAAGCGGAAAUAAAAGUGCAAAACUUUAUCUUGCAAACUGUUUUAGGUUAGGAAAAGGAGUCGAAAAAGAUGAAAUUAAAGCAUUUAAAUAUUAUGAAAUUUUGGCUAAACAAGAAAUUUCAGAUGCUCAAUGUCAACUGGGAAAUUGUUAUUAUAAUGGGAUUGGAACAAGAAUAGAUAAAAUACAAGCUAAAUGUUGGUAUGAAAAAGCAACAAACAAUGGAAAUAUUAUUGCAAACGAUAAUCUUUUAAA